AACUGGGAGCUCCUUCUGGGCUGGACUGUCCUUUCUCUUACCUUGCUUUCCUUGUUGCAGGCUCGGACCAUUUUUGAAAAAGCCAGCAAGGUGAAUUUCAAGCAAGUGGACGAGCUGGCCAGCAUCUGGUGCGAGUAUGGUGAGAUGGAGCUACGACAUGAGAACUAUGACCAGGCACUGCGCAUCCUUCGGAAAGCCACAGCCAUCCCAGCUAAGAAGGCAGAGUAUUUUGAUUCCUCCGAACCUGUGCAGAAUCGUGUAUAUAAGUCCCUCAAAGUUUGGUCCAUGCUGGCUGAUCUGGAGGAAAGUCUGGGUACCUUCAAGUCUACUAAAGCUGUGUAUGACCGCAUCCUGGACCUGCGCAUUGCCACUCCUCAAAUCAUCAUUAACUAUGGUCUCUUCCUGGAAGAGCACAACUACUUUGAGGAGAGCUUCAAGGCAUACGAGAGAGGCAUCUCCUUGUUCAAAUGGCCAAAUGUGUAUGACAUUUGGAACACCUACCUAACCAAGUUCAUUGACCGCUACGGUGGCAAGAAGCUGGAACGUGCUCGGGACCUCUUUGAACAAGCGCUGGAUGGCUGUCCCCAGAAAUAUGCUAAGACUAUAUACCUGUUGUACGCUAAGUUGGAGGAAGAGUAUGGACUAGCACGUCAUGCCAUGGCUGUGUAUGAGCGUGCUACUCAGGCUGUGCAGCCUUCAGAGCAGUAUGAUAUGUACAACAUCUACAUCAAGAGGGCAGCUGAAAUCUAUGGGGUCACACACACCCGUGGCAUCUAUGAAAAAGCCAUUGAGGUUCUGUCUGAUGAGCAUGCCCGAGAGAUGUGCCUCCGCUUUGCCGACAUGGAGAGCAAGCUUGGUGAGAUAGACCGAGCUCGUGCAGUCUACUCCUAUUGCUCACAAAUAUGUGAUCCCCGAACCACUUCCAACUUCUGGCAAACGUGGAAAGAGUUCGAGAUCCGGCAUGGGAAUGAAGACACCAUAAGAGAAAUGUUGCGCAUUAAACGAAGCGUGCAAGCCACCUAUAAUACCCAAGUCAACUUUAUGGCUUCCCAGAUGUUGAAGGUUUAUAGCAAUGCUACAGGGACUGUGUCUGACUUGGCACCUGGCCAGAGUGGCAUGGAUGACAUGAAGCUGUUGGAGCAGCGAGCGGAGCAGCUUGCAGCUGAAGCAGAGCGAGAUCAGCCCCGAGUGAAGGAGAAGAUCCUGUUUGUCAGGAGUGAUGCUUCCCGUAGCGAGCUGGCCGAACUUUCCCGGCAGGCUAACCCUGAUGAGAUAGAUAUUGACAUGGAUGACGAUGGAAACGAGAGUGAGGAUAACGAGCCUGAUGAGGUUCAGCUGGAGCAGCAGAGUGUCCCUUCUGCUGUGUUUGGAGGCCUCAAGGAUGACUGAACUGAGCUCUGCGCAAGCAACUGCUUCUCUGGGAUCACUUUUACUUAUUUACUUUCUGCUAUUGUUUUUGUUGUAUUUUUUUGUCAAUCUGGCAAGUUACUAUUUAUAAAAUAAGUUGUCCAAUG